AUGUCAAUAAAGGCGCUGCCUGCAGAUACCUGUCAUCUGCUUGGCUCGACCUCGGUCAUCGCCACGUCCGUAAGCCUCGUCAAGGAGCUUUUGGACAAUGCCAUUGAUGCCGGUGCAACGGCCAUCGAUGUGCUUGUAAGCCCAAACACGGUCGACAAAAUCGAAGUUCGUGACAACGGCCACGGAAUCAGUACCGCAGACUUUGAUGCUCUUGGCCGUCGUGGCCAUACAAGCAAGCUUCGUCAGUUCCACGACCUCAUGACUGUGGGUGGAACGUCACUUGGGUUUCGCGGCGAGGGUUUGGCCAGCGCCAAUACUCUAGGCUUCGUAGCCAUAACGACGCGUACUGCAGAAGAGGCAAUUGCGUCGAAAUUUCGGUUGGUGCCGAGUAUUGGAGGCAUCUCCCCAGACGGCUAG